AUGAGUACCUUGAACAACAUCGACUCUGUCGCCAACGCUAAGCAGGGCAGUUUUAAGCCCUCUAUCGCACCCCAGGGACCUUUAACUACCAAGGGUCACAAGCCCGGCGUCAAGGUCAACGAGGCUGAUCAGCGUCCUGAAUACCAUAUGCAAGCAUUCCCACCAGGCAGUGCGCCCGCUGGUAGCUCCUACACUCCCAAUGCCAACGACAUAGGCAGCCAGGCCAACAAUCCAGAUGUCUUGCGCAGUCACGGCAAAGAGUCAACAUACACCUCUGCCGCAGACACUCUGCAAGGCGCCACAUCUGCUGAUGUGAACACUGGCCUCGGAAAGCCCCUUCAGGGCCAGACUGGUGUCGAACUCCGACACGACGGACAGCAUGGUCGCAAGAAGCAAUCGGCCGGUCUAGAAGGUGUCGGUGUUUCCCGUGAGGACAAGGGUGUUGAGCGAGCAUUUCCGAGCCAGCGAGGCCUCGAGAAAGAGGAAGGUGCUUUGGCUGGCUCGCGUAGUGAUAAGGCUGAUCGUUCAGUUCAGGAUGUCCAAGGCGAGACCGCCGAGACCCUGGAUAAAGAGUGGAAGUAUGAGCCAAAGACCAAGCGCAGCCAAGCUGGUAACAAUGUAUAUUAA